CGCACUAACUAUUAGGAAGCUAGUUAAUGGGAAAACUCACUUGAUGACGGUGACUGUGGAGAUUACACGGCGCGCGGUGCUAAGGCCCCGGCCAGCGUCCGACCAUGCUGGCGGCAGGACGGCCCCGCUCACCGCCUUCGACCGCGCCUCCACCGACGGUUACAUCCCGGCCGUCUUCGCAUGGAGCGUGCAGACUGCGCCGACCAACGGCGCGCUCGUGGACGGCCUCCUGGCAACGGUUGCGAGGUUCCCGCACCUCACGGGGAGAAUGGGCGUCGAUGGCUGCGGCAGGAGGUGCUUCCACCUGAACGACGCCGGGGUGCUCAUCGUCGAGGCCGCUGCUGUGGCGGAGCUCGCGGAUGCCCUGGCGCACGACGUGUCGGAGCACAUCGAUCAGCUUUAUCCGAAGGCGGAUAAGGACUGUGCCGACGAACCACUCCUCCAGGUGCAGAUCACGCGGUACCAGUGCGGCGGACUGGUGAUCGGCACCGCGUGCCACCACCUGGUCGCCGACGGCCAAUCCAUGAGCUUCUUCUACGCCGCGUGGGCCACGGCCGUGAGCACCGGUUCGACCAUCCUCCCGUCUCCCUUCACCGACCGCACGGCUAUCACCGUCCCCCGCAGCCCACCGGCGCCGAAGUUCGACCACCGCAACAUCGAGUUCAUGGGGGAGCGCAGCCCGAGCGGCUUAUAUCCUGUCGUCCCCCAGGACAGGAUCAAGAACCUGGCCAUCCACUUCCCGGAGGAGUUUGUCGCCAGGCUGAAGGCCCGUGUCGGCGUGCUGUGCAGCACGUUUCAGUGCCUCCUGGCGCACGCGUGGAAGAAGGUCACGGCGGCACGGUACCUGGCGCCGGAAGAGCUCACGCAGGUCAGGGUCGCCGUGAACUGCCGGAGCCGGGCAAACCCUCCCGUCCCCAUGAACUUCUUCGGCAAUAUGGUGCUGUGGGCGUUCCCGAGGAUGCGUGCCCGGGAGCUGCUGUCCUCGACCUACGCCUCCGUAGUAGGUGUCAUCCGUGACGCCGUGGGGCGCGUCGACGCCGAGUACAUACAGUCGUUCGUCGACUUCGGGGAAGUUUUGGAACGCGACGGGGAGGAGCUGGCGUCAACGGCGGCGACGCUGGGCACGGCGUUCAGCCCAGACCUGGAGGUGGACAGCUGGCUGGGGUUCGGGUUCCACGACCUCGAUUUCGGCGGCGGGCCACCGUGCGCGUUCCUGCGGCCAGACCUCCCCAUCGAGGGGCUCAUGAUCUUCGUACGGUCAUGCGCGGCCAAGGGCGGCGUCGACCUCUUCACGGCGCUCCACGACGAACACGUAGAUGCAUUCAAACAGAUCUGCUACUCCGUGGACUGAUCGAUCAGACCUACGUCUACGUAUGCUUGUAUUGAAAUUAAACAUUCCAAAGUGGUGUGUUUGUAUCCGCAUAUGUUAGUGGUGCGGUUACGUUUGGAGUGGAAUUGAUCAGUUGUUGGU